GGAAGUCACUUUGUUGUGGUCUGUUCACCACACUACACUUCAGUGGUCCUUUCGAAAUGGCGGACGCCGAUUCUUGGGAUACCGACAGUUUUGAGCCAGAGGAACCCAUCAAGAAGGCGCCAGGUCAUGACAAGUGGGAAGGCGAGGAUGAGGAUGAAGACGUCAAAGAUAACUGGGAUGAUGAAGAGGAGGAAGAAGACAAAUUGACCGAGACAAAAACAGUUGCAGUCACAAAGCCACCAGAGAAGAAAAAACUUAGUGAUAAAAUCAAAGAGAAGGAGAGUUUACAAAAGAAAAAACAAGAGGAGUUUCAAAAGCAGCAGUUAGAGGAAUCUCAAGACAGCAAAGAAUACCCACCUGAGGAGGAGUUGGCAGAGAAACUUAGACUGAAGAAGCUUCAGGAGGAUUCAGAUUUGGAACUAGCCAAAGAGGUGUUUGGUAUCGUAUCGAAUAACGUAACAGGAAUAGAUGCCAUGAGCCCUUCCUCCAAAGAUGACUUCACAGAGUUUGAGCGGUUGCUGAAAGAGAAAAUAUCUUUGUACGAGAAGUCGAUACACUACUCCAACUUCUUAGAGUCACUGUUUAGAGACCUGUGUCUUUCAUUGGAAGUCGAAGACUUAAAGAAAAUUAACAACUCACUCACAGUGUUACUCAGCGAGAAGCAGAGGCAAGAAAAGCAAAAUAAAGGAAAGAAGAAAAAGAAAGGCGGUUUACCUGGAGGCGGUUUAAAAGCCAAGAUGAAAGAUGACUUUGGUGACUACGGCGAGUUUGACGGAGGUUAUGCACAAGACUUUGAGGAUUUUAUGUGACCCCUGCUUCGUAACCCAUGAUAUUCUUUGAGUGAUGAAUCAUACACCUCUACAGCGCAUGACCUCUCUCCCUACAGCCAGACCAACGUCCAGAAUCAAGCUAGAAACACUGAACCAUAUCCCAUGUAACACACUAGCCUAAGCUUAAGUGGUUUACUCUGAGAAAGACUGAAGUGAAGCAUCUUUCUCCGGGCUUAUUUUGACUAUAAGUCAUUCUAGUGUUUGCUGUGGAAAAAAGGACACAAUCAGGUAACUUCUUUUAGUAAAAGUGUGAAAGGAAACAGAGAAAACUGACCGACGUGGAACAGACGCUUCACAUGAAAGUGUAUAAACGAGUUGACAGUAUUACUGUUUAAAAGAGCUACUUGACAUUAAAAUAAAUUUGACAUUCUAUGCAAA